UAGUUUAUUUAAACAUUUUCUGUGCACCAUUCAAACCAAGGUACCUAACUGCCGACUGGAAAUUUUUGGCCACACUCCUGGGAUUGAACCAAGCCAGCAGCAAGGCAUUCUGUCUGUGGUGCCACUGCACCAAAGAGGACAUUGCCAACUUCAACAUUGAUAGCUGGUCGAUUCAGCGGCGCGUAGGUGAUGAUGAGAAGUUUGUAGGGAAGAGGGAGCACAGGGGCCAUGUGCUUCCAGCCCUUCUCCACAUCCCCUUUGACAAAAUCGUCCCAGAUGUGCUGCACAUGGGCAUGAGAAUCCGGGGGAAGAUGCUGAAUCAGGUGGUUAUGUGGGCCAUAAAUCAACAGAGAACAGACCAUCUGCUGAAGGCCAUGAAGGACAUUGGCGUCCCCUUCAGGCUGAUGGAGGGGACGGGGGAUGAUGGGAAGGGGUCCAUCAAAACAUGGUCCCAACUGAAUGCCAAACAACUGGAGCGGGUGUUUGCGAAACUCGAUCUUAAAGCUGUGCUUAGGGACACCUGGAACGAGAGAGGGAGAGCGGUCACCAGCCUGCCUGUGGCAGAGCUCAAGAUCGAGCUUCGCAAACGUGGAUUACCGGAGACUGGGUACAAGAGGGACCUUGUCAAAAGGUUGACAGAGUUCCUCCAAAGUGACAAGAUCCCUCUUCCCGGGGAUGAGGAUGAGGAUGAGGAUGUUCCAAUUCUUCUGGUGGACAAUGUUGUCCAACUGUGGAAAGACUUUGAGGUGCUGGCAGUGGCGAUGAAAGCCAAACCGGGAGACAGUGGUCACCUCAGUGCUAGCUCCUUCAAGGAAAAAGCACUGUGCUGGGGAAGGUCCUUUCGUCAAGUGACAUUUGACGAGCAUGUGACUCCGUAUAUCCACACUAUGUGUUACCACCUGCCCCAAUUCCUGGACAAGUACAGAUACCUUAAUGACCUAUCCUGUGAGAGUGUCGAACAAAAAAACCACACUCAAAACCGGCGCUUUCACCACGGAAGCCAGAGGAGUGGCAGGGGGAGUAUGUGGACCCAGCAGGUCAUGGAGUACGAGAACAGAGACUUGUUUGGCAUUCUUCAUGACCUGGACAGGAAGAAGGCCAUCAUGGGCCCCAAUGCUGCACAGCGCAGAGCCGCAUUGCAAGAAGCGCAGGAUGAAGGGGAGGAGCAGGAGGAAGAUGGGGAGGAGGGGGAGGAGCAGGAGGAAGAUGGGGAGGAGGGGGAUGAUGAUAGAUACAGAGAGGAUGAUGGCCUGUGGGAUGACGGUGAUGAGUCAUAAGGGAUUCACUUCCAGCUGUG